AGUUAAUAACAUCAAUUGUACGGCAAACAAUCGCAACGAUUUCAAAUUAAAAUCCGAAAAUCAUUCAAUUUAAUAUUGUACCAAAUCCGAAAAGUUGCCGGAUUUUAUGCGAAAUGCUAGAUAAAUCUGUUCAGAUGUUGUAUUAAGUUGUAAAUUUGAUAAAUAACAAAAUUUUAUUUGGUUAAAUUAACGUGCAUCAGUUUAUAUUCACAACGGGAAAACAAUCAACGACGAUUAUUUGUUUUGGAACAAUAACGAAUAAUUUAUUGACACCAAAAAAUGGAUCCACGACGCCAAAUGCCAAAAUCAAUAUCCAUUUCGGAUCCUUUGAUCAUUCCACGUGUAAAACAGUAUUUAGAGGAAAAUGUCCAUCAAACGUAUGUAGAUGUUGGUGUUAUGGCACGUCAUUUACAAGAAAAAUACCGCGAAUAUGGACGUCGAAAAAGUCAACCGUUUCGAUUUUUAGUUGAUCAAGCUUACAAAACAGUGUUGCACAGUUAUGGUUUGGACAGUAAUCCAUCCACAGAAGAAGAAGAAAAUUCAGAUUUGGAGCUCAUGGAGGAUCAGCCGACGCAAAGUAAUCAUAUGAACAAUAUGCUAAAUGACAUGUAUCGUGCGAAUACGAAUGAAUCACGAACACCGACCACACAAAAUGAAUUUCCCAUCGACAUAAGCAGCGACGAAAGUGAUGUCGAAGACUCACUUCCGAAGAACACAAAUAACGGUCAUUCGUCCAAGGAAUUUCCAAAAAUCCCAAAGGAUAUUGUACUCGGAUCGAUAACAAAAAGUACAGCGGCAGCAGAAACAUUGGCUGGUAUUCGAGAAGAGAGUUUGAAAUCAAAAAGUGCCCUAUCGGUGACAGCGCCAUCGACAGCAUUGUCCCCAGUUACAAUAACGAAAAAACGGAAGCUUGAAGCAAUUUCAUUUGACACCGGAACGGAUCGAAACUGGCAACCACCAAGUCGGCAAAUUUCGAAAAAAUUCAAAAAAGAAUUUCCCGCCAAAAAAUCCGAAUACACAUUUGAAAGCAUCGGUGGUGUUAAUAAAAUACUCAAGGAGCUAUGUGAAUUACUGCUGCAUAUCAACAAUCCGGACAUUUACAAAUGUAUUGGACUUCCCGCUCCACAUGGUUUCUUAUUAUUUGGACCACCCGGAUCUGGCAAAACAUUACUCGCUGAAGCUAUUGCUGGGCAACUAAAAGUUGACAUAAUUCAAGUAGCUGGCACAGAGCUUGUGUCCGGCGUGUCUGGUGAAUCCGAAGAACGAAUUCGUGAAUUAUUCGAACAAGCAGCAAUGUGUUCUCCAUGUGUGCUGUUCAUUGAUGAAAUCGAUAGCAUCACAUCAGAUCGAAAACAUGCAUCAAAAGACAUGGAACGUCGCAUUGUGGCACAGUUGAUAUCAUGCUUGGAUGAUUUACCGAAAAUGCCUGGAGGUGAACAAGUUGUUGUAAUUGGAGCAACAAAUAAUGCAGACGGUUUGGAUCCAGGAUUGCGACGAGUUGGUCGUUUUGAUCAGGAAAUUUGUUUAGGUAUACCAGAUCGUGAUGCACGCUGCGAAAUUUUACGGAUUAUUUGUCGAAAUCUUCGACUGGAAUCAUUCUUUGACUACGAUCUGAUUGCAUCGUUGACACCCGGUUUUGUUGGUGCUGAUCUUCUGGCAUUGGCAACACGAGCCGGAUUACUAGCCGUCAAGAAGGUGUUACAUGACAAACAAGAUCAAGCUCUGAAAGGUAAUAAAGUAAAUAAGCCAAAUCCAGCCGUCACAGCUGAAUUAAAUCUUGAUAUGCAUGACGAAAUAAAUGAAGAUGGAAUGUUCAUGCAAAUUGACCAUGAAUCACCACAAAAGAGUGAUGAAGACUUGAAUAUUUCGCCACAACAAAAAGCUGAAAAUCAAGAAAAUCAAAAUAAAAAAGAUGUACCUGAAGCAAAUACAGAAUCAUCUGAAAAUCAAACCGAAUCAUCGCCCAAAAUCGAUGAAACAAAUAUAAAAACCGAUGAAAUCGCUAAAAAUGUUGAUGAUUCAAAGCCGAAUGACACAGAAGUCAGUCCAACGGUUAAAGCAAGCGGAAGCACUGAUAUUUUAAUUGUUACUGAAACAAGUACAAAUGAAACGCUUGGUGAGGCGUUACUUAAAAAUGACACCAUCAAAGAUCGAAUGGGUCUCGAUGUUAUGUUUAAAUGGCUUAGCCAUCAAGAAAAUCUAGUUACCCCAGAAGAUUUGAAUGACUUAUAUAUAACAGUAGAUAAUUUCAAAGAAGCCGUUAAAUUGAUUCAACCGUCCGCCAAACGUGAAGGUUUUAUCACUGUACCAGAUGUGACAUGGGAUGACAUUGGUUCACUUCGAGACAUACGCGAAGAAUUAAAUCUGGCUAUUAUGGCACCGGUCAAAUUUCCAAAUCGUCUCAAAGUAUUGGGUAUUAAUGCACCAUCUGGCGUUCUUCUCUGUGGUCCACCGGGAUGUGGUAAAACAUUGUUGGCGAAGGCAAUUGCCAAUGAAGCCGGUAUAAAUUUCAUCUCGGUUAAAGGUCCCGAAUUAUUGAACAUGUAUGUGGGAGAGAGUGAACGUGCGGUACGGCAAUGUUUCCAGCGUGGUCGUAAUUCAGCACCGUGCGUAAUAUUUUUCGAUGAAUUUGAUGCAUUGUGUCCGAAACGAGGUGGUUCAAAUGACAGCCAAGCUGGUACACGUGUCGUUAAUCAAUUGCUCACUGAAAUGGAUGGCGUUGAAGAGCGUAAAGGCGUUUUCAUAAUGGCCGCCUCAAAUCGUCCCGAUAUGAUUGAUCCAGCCGUUCUUCGACCGGGACGUCUUGAUAAAAUUCUUUAUGUUGGUCUACCGCAGAAGCAAGACCGAUUGGAAAUUCUUCAAGCUCAGACAAAACAAGGAAAACAACCAGUUUUAGCAGCCGAUGUUGAUUUGGAGGAACUUGCUGAACUCACAGACUCAUUCACAGGCGCUGAUCUUGCCGGGCUUGUACGACAAGCAUCUUUACAGGCACUUCGGGAUACACUCAAAAUUGAAACAACACCCGAAUCGGAAAUCGACUUAAGUGUACACAAACAACACUUUUUAAUGGCCUUGCAAAAUUUGCGUCCAUCAGUUUCAACAGAGGAUAAAGUUCAAUAUGAAGCGCUGCGAUUGAAAUAUGCAUCUCCAUCGAAGAAAUAGAACAAACAAUACAUUCAGUACGAAAUACAUAAAUCACAUCAAAGGACACAGCGAAACCAUCAUAUAUCACUCAAAAUGGACGUAUUUUACAGCAAAAAAAAAAUUCUCUCUUUUUUAAAAAAAAACAAUCAUUUUUCUGUUAUUAUGUGCCUGAACAAACACAUUCACACUCAUAAA